AUGGACAAAAACCCAACAGACGACCUACAAGAACGACUCGGCUUCAAAGAUCUACAAGCUGCCCAGGAUUGGCUCGCGAAUAACCCUCGGGGACGACUCGUUGGCGUACUAGAUGCGUCCCAAGUAGUCGAGCACUGUCAGAGUCAUGCUUGUCUAGCAGAAAGACGAUCCCUCAAGGCGCAGGUCGCAAGUCUCAGCGAAAAGAUACAAUCAUCAUCACCGACAAAUCCAUCCAACGACCGCACCGAUACCGUGCCUUCGAUCGUCCCCAAUAUUCCUUCACCCAAUACUUCUUCUGACUCGCUUCUUCGGUCUACAAACCAUGAACUCAAGACGAAAUGCGACAAUUUGGUCGAAAGUCUUAGGACUGAACGCGAACAGUUUGAAAAAGAGAGGCAGGCUUGGACGGCCUUCAAGAGAGAUUACGCUACCAUCGUCGCAUGUAAGAUUAUUGAGGAACAGCACAAACAGGCUUCCGCAUCUCACCACACUCCCCCUGUACCCACCGCCAACAAGGACCCGCUCCCUGCCAAGGGAGAAUCGGCAACUACCUCAGUUGCGCGGAAAUCAUCUGACUUCGCCGGACAGAAGACGGAGUUAGAGCCGAAGGACGUGCCAUGUAGGAUGUUCAAUACGAAGCGGCCGUCGGAGCUUGAAGGAGACACGAGGUCUUCAAAGUCUCCCAUCCGGGUACGGUCGGCCCUCAAGGUGAUCAAGUCGCCCUCACCGCGCAAAUCUCCAUCGAGCAAGCCCUCGCCGCGGAAGGAUGUCCCAUCCCACCGGGUCACGCCCCGUCUUCCCGACCAUCUCAAGCGCAAACCGCAACUGACGACCCCACAGAGCGCCCGACAGAGCCGUGCAUCCGGCUCGGCUCGCUCGGGACUCCCCACUCCUCAAUGGAUUCGAUACUCUGAUCGCAAGGCUCGGCAUCAUAAACAGAUCUGGAACGACGAUCCUUCAAAAGAACAACCUGACAAUCCUGUCACAGACACGCCGUUUACAUCCAAGAAACGCGACGCUCGUCAGCUCGUAACCGAGCAGAACGCGUUUCUUGCCCCUAAGAAACUGGCCGAGACCCAAUCGAAGAACGAAAAUCCGGGGGAGAAGAAUGGAGAUCCUUCGACGACGAAAGAAGAUCGACCGCCGAGGAAAGAUUCAUCGAUGAAGAACGAGCCAAUGAUGAAGAAAGAUUCAUCGAUGAAGAAAGAUCUACCGGCGAAGAAAAAAGAUUGCGCAUCGGUGGCCCCAGUAGCAGCUGAGCCGUACGAAGAGCUAUCGACGACGGAAGAAGAACCGGAGUGCGAGUCGCGGGAGAUUGUAAAACCCAAAAAGAAGAAGGAGGAGGAGGAGGAUGAUAGGAAAGAAGCAGACAGAGAGGGAUCGAGAGGGAUGUCGAAGGGGAAAGGACGACGCGAAUCGGCGCAGAUCCGGUCGAGCCCACCGAGCUCGGAAUCGAUGGCCGAUGAAGACAGCAGACUCUCCGGGCCGGAGGAUUUCCCGGGCCAACGAUACAUGCGACUGGUGCACAAGAAGCGUCAAAGGGCGCUCGCCAAACGAGUCGGCCGGCGUUCUUCUUCUUCUUCCCACUCCAACUCUCGGAGCUCUGUCCUGCCGCAACAAGAGCCUGCUGCGCGGCAGAACCUGAACCUCUUGGACACGUUCCAGAUCGAUCCUAACAAUAACUUCAGGCCUGCUAAAGAUCUUAAUGAUCGGUCCGAUCACCCCGUCGAUCCAGCGACAUCGGUUUCUCGACACCAACACGAAAUCUCUCGCCAUCGACACUUCAAUCCUCCCCCGCUAACCCCACCCGGUUACUGGCAGAUGGGGUUCCCUGAUACCCAACGAGUCCAAGAGAUCAACCAACUUGCCGAGGCGAAUAAGAUCGCUAAGUUUCAGAAUAUCGAGCUCCAAGCCAGGUAUAAUCAGUCUUUUUUUUUCUUUCAAUCCCUCUGCUUCAUCGUCUCUCCUUAAUGGGUUGGUAUCUCUCAUCACUUAUUUCUUUUUUGUAGGAAUGGGACCGGUCCGUAUAAGU